GUAUGCGAAAAUUCAGUAGGAUCGAUGAUCGACUGAACUAUUCUCUUCGCCCUCAAGCUAUUCAUUUGAAUCCUCUAAAAUCUGGUCCAUCAUGUAGAAUUUCCGUGGGAAACGUCAAGAAUUCUGACGGUACCUUCACCGCCAUUGGCGGUAGAACCUCUGUUAUUUCCACUUUGCUAUUUACACAUGAAGCUAAAAACAGAAACAUAGUUGGAAGCUUCCAUAAGCCAUGUUUGGAGGUUUAUAUUAGACCAGCGACAGGAACUGUAAAAUCGUCUACAAGAGCAAUUGAAGCCACACUGAUAAAGAUGAUGGAAAAAAUCGUAAAUAGUGAGACGUUGGGAAGGAUAACGCUUUCGUUUCGUAUCCAAAUCUUGGAGGAUUCUGGUGGUCUGCUAUCUGUUUGCUUAAACGCUCUGACAAUUUGUUUACUAAUCUCUGGGAUUGAAAUUAGAGAGUUAUACUUUGCCGUUUCGUUUGGUAUAGUCAAAAACGAAGAUGAGCAGGAAUGUGUAAUAUUGGAUCCAACCGAUGCCGAGGUAGAUGGCUACUGUUCCACAUCUCUGACACUUUUCUGUGAACCAAAUUCAGGUGAAGUGGCAUUGCUAACAAUAGAUAGCGGUUCCGGGUGCUAUGAAGAUGAAUCCUUACAAAUUAUCAAAACUAUUGCAAAAAAAGCUAGUUCUCAUUAUCUUGCCCAAUUGGAAGAACUCUAUAAUGAAAGCCUUGAUGCGGCAAAGAUUACUUUUGGUUCCAACAAUUUUACCAAGAGUUAACACUAACUUCCAUACUAGCGAGAUAAACCCGUUUAUUCUGAUUUAGGAAUGAACUAUCUAUCGCACACAGUA